AAGUUUCCGUAGGGUUUUAGAGUCCGGCAACUCAUCCCUCCUGUACUCCACCGUAGUUUCUAGCUGUUGGAUGCUUCUCACUUCGCGAUGGGCGGCGCUUCGAAGUUGUUGAUGCUGGUUAGCACGCCAUUCCCACUCCUUUACCGUCGUCCAUCAGCUUUUCGCCUUGCCCGCUACUCCAAGGUCUCUGUAGCUUGCCUUUCCUCUGCCGCUCAUCGUAGGAGAUUCUAUUCGGACCCUCGUCCCCGUUCGUGUUUUCCAACCAAAGCUUCUAAGCAGAUUCACACCCAAACUGGUAGUAUCAGGGAGGAGUGUUGCGGUGAAUCCUCAGGGUUUUCGUCCAGUUAUCGGGUUUCGCAUCCAUGGCCGGAAUGGUCGAAGCUGCUUGAGAAUCUCAGAGCAUGUGGCUUUUUUGACGAUCAUGGUUCUUCGUCUGUGGCGUUAGAGGGAGAGUUUUCGGUGGAAAACUUGCCAGAGGACUUCGUAUGUGCUGCCAGUGCUUGUUUAUCCUUUGCUCGGAGUCGGUCGGAUCUUUUGGGAUCGCUUUCUAUAAAGGAUAUUGAGGUAGUGAUUGAAAAUGGAUCACCGGUUCUAUUCAAAAAUGGCUUGGAUUCAGAAAGACGAAUGAAGUCAUUCCUAGGAGGCAGGGGAAACAAUGAAACCGAUUCCCCACCCCCGCCGAAAAAAAAAAAAAAAAGUACAGCUGUCUCGUAGGUGAGCAAUAUUAUACUUUGUUGCUAGUACGGAGGAGUGUGAAAGAAUUACUGGAACCCGGAUAGAGGAUUAUAUUGUGAAGAUCCAAGCCCUAAGCCAACAUAUUUAGGUCAUUCGUUAUUCACAAUGAAAAGAUUGCUUCGAAGCAUUGCUAAUGGCAGGUAUUCUGAGAUGGAUGAAUUAUUGGUCAGUGGUUUCCCAAAAUGGUUUAUGAAGGUGAGGAAACAUCUCAUUCAUGGUGGUUAUUCAUCAUUUAUCUCAUUUGCUUUCCAUUGUUGGCAGUGUCAGUAGGAAGUUAUUGCAUUUAACUGAAACCUCAGUUUCCUCAAGGCUGUGUUUGUUUGAAGGGGAGUAUGGGGUCAGAUAGUUAGGGGAGUGGGUCACACAUGUUGUGGGGUGGGAUAAUAGGGAAAAGAAAGGGAGAGCCACUACAACAUCCCACCCCAUAUCGUUUGUUUGGGUGGAGAGAGAGAGAGAGAGAGAGAGAGAGAGAGAGAGAGAGCGUGUAACGCCCCAAAAUCCGGGUUAGAUAUGAGUGUUGGCCCUUGCGAGCCACCAUUAAAUAACAACGUAAAAAUGACCGAUCGACUUUAAAACCUCAAAACUUCGAUCAACUAAUCAUGGGCCCACUGUGCUCUUGCUGCGCAUUUUGAUAAAAUUACAUCAAUUAUAUAUAAAAUCCCACAAACUCAAAUAUACAAAUCAAAUCUCCUUUAACCAAAUUAUAUACAUCAUAUACUCUAUUUAUAAAAUACGAUAAAAUACAUUUAAUUCUCCAAAAAUUCAAAUUCUCUAUUCUCCUCAAUUUAUCUUUCCUCUGUACUAAGCUACACCUGAUCUGUGAGACAUGAAACUGUAGUGGGAUGAGUCAAAGGGAAUUAGCUCAGUAAGAUGAAACAUGACAUAAAUCACACUUAGCACAAUAAUAGACAUACUUGUACCGUCAUACCUUUCUCAUACAUGCAUAAAAAUAUCUUUCAUAAAAUUCUAAAGUCUCCCCUCCAUAUCACCUCAUCGAGUAGUUUAUUGACUUGUCUCAACUCCUUUACCUUUUCUUGCUCUUGAGCUCAAAGGAUCUGGGUAGUAUCUUGACCUGGGGUUUCACCUUCACGUUUCUUGGUGGACAUUGAACUAUGCUUAAAACCUCUUUUCAUGAAUAGUAAAUUGUGCUUUACAACUAUUUUUGCAUACAUGAAAAUACAUACAUACUAUGGAGAAUCUCAUGCAUAUUAGGUGAAUCAUGGCAUAGUCCACUUACUAUGGGGUACAACUACCUGUAUACAAACCUUCUCCAUACUCUCGUCCUCGCCCCUUUCUCUGAUUUUCGGUCUCUCAUCUCCCUCUCUUGGUCUCUGUCUUCCUCCUCUGUCCCUCCUGUCUCUUCUUUUUCUUCUUUCUUUCCUUUCUUUUGCAGGAAACAUACAGGCACCCCCCCCCUCCCUCAUUCUUUGUCUUUGUCUUCCUCUCUUUCCUUUUCUUUUCUUUUCUUCAUUUCUCUUUCUAUUUCUCUCCACCCAUCACUCCCACACACAUCACACUUACUCUCUUCUCCUUUCUCUUCCUCUCUUCUAUGUAAUUCUCUCUUUCGUUUUCUCUCUCUCUCUCUCUCUCUCUCUUUUAAAAAUUAUUAGCGAGGGAGGUGGGGGGAACAUGUAGGUCCCACCUCUCCUUCCUCUCUCUUUUCCUUUAUUUUCUUCUUCUCUCUUCUUUAUUUCUUUUGACCUUUUUUGUAAACAAUUGAGUGAAUGAGGUGAGGGGACAGGUGGGUCCACCCCACUUCCUCUCACUUUGUCACUUAUCUCUUAGGGUAAAUGAAUGGGGGUAAUUUUGGGGUGGCGUAUUACAUAGAGAUAGAGAGGCUCUCAUGGUUCUCUGCUUUUUUUUCGUUCUCUAAAAUUCCUCAAGGAGGCUUCUUACAAAGAUUUGGAAGAAAUCGCAAGCUUUAGCGGAAUGUAUAAGCUUUGCCUUCAAUGUGUUCACCAGCAUUGGAACUAAUCAGAAUAAGUGGAGAUUCCAGUGAGAAUCCUUCUUAUUCUUUUGGUUUUGGAAUUCAAGGUUGGUUUUUGAGAUCUUUGAAAGUUUGAAGAAGGUUUCUCUGCCUAAUGCAUUCCUUUAUGUGGGUGUGAUUUUGGUUUCAAAAAUGGAAGCUUUCAAACACUGAGGAGCUAAGCUUGUCCGUUUUGGAAUUCACUAUUCCUUCAGGUGGGUGUGAUUUUGGUUCAUUCACUAUUCUUUCGGAUUUGGAUUUUAAGCUCUUGAGUGAUUGAAUUCGCCAAAAUGGAUCUGAUUGGUGUAUUAGUAUACCGCAUAUGACAGAGAGAGUGGUGAGGACAUGCUUUGCGUUACAAAUGAAACUAGUCAAUUUGAUUCGUGGAUUUUGGAGAUUGCGAUGAUCAUCUACUCUUUGUGGAUGUUUAGGAUUUGGCAAGGACACAUAGAUGGGGGUUCUUCUGACUAGUGUGAGAUCUAUGGGAGGUGAUGCAGAUACGGUUGCCCUUUCUUGGUUGGAUCAGCAUGACCGGCUUUGGAAGCCAAGAGCUAAGAAAAACCGGUCUAGCCCAGGGUUUUGGU